AUGGCUGAAACAUCUGUGCCGAGUUCUGGUCUCACUGCUGAACAAACGCCAAUAUCUGUUCCGGCCAACCCCAGCACUGACGACACCGGCGUUUCUCACGAAGCUAGGGAUGGGGCAGCAGCCUUUGGCAAUCCAGCUCAUACUAUGGAUUCGGCAGCGCUAAAUGAGCCUGGCGACACAAGCAUCCCUUCUUGCCGUUGGACCCUGAGGGGUGUUCUGUUGAAGGUCAUUUUUUGCGUCUGUCUGGCAACAUUAUUUGGAGUGAUAUUCUCUGGCAUCAUCUUCAUCUUCGACCUCCCUCAGAAAGGUUCUGGUGAUGGCCGCCGAGCACACUCUCAUUUCUCGUUGCCGACAGCAGCGCCACAGAGGCCGGACUCACUGGCAUUCCUGCAGCCAGUUUACUCCGGUGACGAAGCGCUCCCUACUGUGACGAUUUUCUUGACACCAAACUCGUUAGAUGCAGUAGAGUCGAAGACGGAAAAGCCAGCAGAUACUUUGGGAAAACCAUCGGACAGCGACUGGUUGGUGCCUCAGGCUGUUGACGCACAGAGCUUCAGUGCGCCAGCGGUACCCCGCACCCCUGAGGUGUGA